CCCAUGUGACCGUGUCCCAUUUACGCGUCGCGUUCUACCACCAACGUCCAUUAUGCGUUUCAGAGCUACCAUAGAGAAUGUCCCAGUUUUCUAUCGUCUCAUACAAGCGGUGGAAAAAUUGCAGAAAAAAUGUAUCAUGAAGUUCACCGAAACCGAGAUGCACGUCAUUUGCAACGAUGAUGCGAACGAGGGUGGGAUUCAAGUCUGGUCCGUCGUAAAGGUCGACACCAUGUUCACAUCAUACCGAAUCCAAUCCAAUGCAGACAAUGCAAUAACCCUGACACUGUCUGCAGAAGCACUGUUAUCAGCUCUUCGAUCGUCUUCUUCAUCAGCAUCAUCGUCCUCUGUAGCAGCUGCUAUCCUUCCUUCGUACGACGCUGAUGAAGUCGUCAUGAAGCUUGCUAAGAAAAACGAACAGGCCGUGUUGAGCUUCGAGAUGUACGGGAUGUCCAGGUCAGGACGCAAAGUCCGCGUUACACAUGAUGUACGUAUAGACGUGAUGCGGCCAGCGGAAAGUGAUAAACUCCACGAACCACGGUGUCCAGACCCAGAGGUUCAUGUCCUACUCCCCCCUCUACUAAAACUCCGUACCAUAGUGGAGAGACUACGUCCACUUUCGGACGUGCUUGCAUUACGUGCGAACAACAGUGGCAUCCUUCAAUUAUCCAUCAACACCGACACCGUGAAACUUGAGACACAAUGGGUCAAAUGCGGUAACCCGUCAAUAGCCAAACAUGGGAUAGCCCAGAACGACGAAGACGACGAUGCAGAAGACAUCUUGCUGAAUAAGCCCGACCCCGACAAAAUGUUUUGCGUGCUCGUCUCCAUCCGGAGCUUUCUCAAGUUUUUAAACAGCCAUGUUGUAUCUGCCACCACAAUCUUGUGUUUAUGUCACAAUCACUGUGCUAUCUUGUACGUCUAUAUCGGCGAAAUAGCUGACGCAGGAGGCGUCCUCACGUACUAUAUUCCGACCGUCAUCGAUGGCGACGAGUAAUUCUCAAGGACAAUUCCUUCCACUGUGGUGAGCAUCUUCGUCCGCUUGAUAUCCAUUUAUCGACCGAUAUUAACUCCCUUAUCACCGGCUCCGACAAUUUUCCGGAACAAUAAUGUUAUAAUUUUGGGCAUGGGCAGAGGCUACAGAGGGAUACCAAAUGAAGAAACUAACACAAUGGCAUGUAACAUGCAAUGUGAGUAAUACAGAACAUCACGCUUCCCAGAAGUCUUCGUGUUGCACGACCCGCGAUACCAGCACGCCCCUAUACCUAAUUCCACGCUUCCGAGCACACCUUGUCCGGACGCCUGCUGUUCCGGCCUUUGCAAUCUAUCUUCCCACAAUCCUGACACGCAUUCAUACAAAAAGUGCGUCCACCUUUGCCCUUGCAGUCCUGCGAACCGCACUUACAACAGUG